AUGUCUAAACUAGUCAAUUCACAAAAUGUACACAAAAAUCGUAAAAACUCCAAUAAGAAAGAUUGGGCGUACAGCAAGUUUAUACGCCAGCUUUCAAAAUCAAUGACAAAAAAUUUAAAAAAGCACAAAACUGAUAAACUUAAAUCAAAGAUUGAUGGCUUCAACCCACUGAGUCAGUUUCCAGUGUACAAUGCUCAAAAUGUAUCCCGAGUUUUACUGUUGGGAUAUUUUCGCUCUGGAUCAUCUUUUGUGGGAGAUCUGUUGCAACAAAACUGGAAAACCUUCUAUUCGUAUGAACCAUUGCACUUUAUGACACAAGCAAAUCGCAUCGGCCCAANGAACUGGAAAACCUUCUAUUCGUAUGAACCAUUGCACUUUAUGACACAAGCAAAUCGCAUCGGCCCAAAGAACGUGACUGAUGCGCUCAAUUUGAUCUCGGCCAUUUUUAACUGUGAUUUUAAGUUCAACAAGUACGACCCUAUGAGGUUCAAGAAAGAUCCGUUUUUACUUCAGUGGAAUAAAUUCCUUUGGAAUGUUUGUCGUUUUCGUCCUGACACAUGUUUUGAUGUCGAUUACAUCAGUGAUGUUUGUGUACGCUCAAAAUAUAACAUCAUCAAACUUGUUCGUUUACCCGUCAAACAUUUAGAAACUCUUUGGAAACAAAUUGAGCAUCUAAAUGUCAAAAUCGUGUAUCUUGUUCGUGAUCCUCGUGGUGUAUACAACUCGCGAAAAAAUGUGGAUUGGUGCAAAAAAGACAAGGUAUGUCGAAGCAUCUCCAAUAUUUGUCAAGAGAUGCGUAAAGAUUUAAACGAUUAUGAGCGACUCAAAGCACUGAUGGGCGACAAUUUGAUGCUGGUCAAAUAUGAGGACAUAUCCUUGGAUCCACUGAACAUGAGCAAAGAGCUUUUUGGCAAACUGAAUCUAGUUUAUUCCCCCAGUGUUGUGAGGUUUCUGACGUCCCACACCAAAUCACGCCGUCGUGGUGACUCCAAGAAGCUUUACUCAACAUAUCGAGCCAACUCCAAUUUCACUGCUUUUCACUGGACGCGUAAGUUGGGCUCAAAGGAGAUAACUCGCAUUCAAAGCAGCUGCAGAGAUGUCCUAGAACGGUUAAACUACAAGUUUGUCUAG